CUGACAUCCCUCGGCGUGAUUGUUUGAAUCAGAUACAGAAAAGCUGAGUAGACAUUGCUUUGUUUGUUUGCCCUCUUCUUGAGGAGCGACGCCAAAUUGUCCCAAUUAAUUGACUUGACGCUCUUCUUUAAAGGACUACCUGCCAAGGUCUACCUCCAUACCCCAUCAGCCUUGGCCCUCAUCUCCAUCGCAGUGAGGGCUUGUGGAGGAAUCUCCAUUACAAGUUUAGUGUGUAAAUCUGGGGCCCUGCGUCUAGCGGAGGCCCAUCGCUCAAGCCUGGACACUGCCUUGCUGUUGCUGCUGCUGCCCUCAGCUCUGCUGGCCAAAAAUGAUGUGGCAGUGCCACAUCUCGGCCUCCGAGUGCCGCUGCUACAGGCUAAAUGGUUUUUCACUGCUCAAACGUCAUCCUUUGUCGGCAGAUGCAGCUGGGAGCCGCGUGCUGGAGCAGUCGGUGGGGGAGUGGCUGGAACAUGUGGGCUUUCCUCAGUAUGAGAGCAAACUGGUGCUCAAUGGCUUCGAUGACCUGCGCUACAUGGGGAGUAACGUGAUGGAAGAUAGGAACCUUCAGGAAAUUGGCAUCACCGACCCAGGCCACAGAAAGAAAAUCCUUCAUGCAGCAAAAAGCCUCCCAAAGGUGAAAGCUCUGGGGUGUGACGGCAGCACCUCUCUGUCCUCAUGGCUGGAAACUCUGGGUCUUGGAGAGUAUCUGCACAACUUCCUGUCUAGCGGCUACCGCACCCUGGACUGCGUUAAGAACCUGUGGGAGCUCGAAAUUGUUAAUGUGUUAAAAAUUGGCCUUCUUGGUCACAGAAAAAGAAUCAUAGCCUCAAUAGCAGAGCGACCAUAUGAGGAAGCACCUUCAAAAUCCAACCGCUUUUCCCAACUCAAGAUUCAGGACCUGUUGUCUCAAAAUACGUCACCGCUCAGUUAUAUGGACCCGUACACCAGUCGCUCCAUGGAUAUGUUGCUUCCGUUGGGAGAAUCAGGCAGAAAGAGCCGAGCGUUGGAUCAGGAUGGCAGUAUCUCCCUUCGCUCCUUCGGUGAAAGAUCACGCUCACAUGACCGUCAUGCAGAUCGACAUUUGCGUCUAAGUAUUCGCCCUUCCAGCCACUCUGCCACAUAUACCACAGUCUCCACCUGGCACCAUCACCCUGAGAAACUUAUCACCGAGUCCUGCGUUUAUGAGGCCAGAUAUUUAGGGUCUGUGAUAAUCCGAGACCUACGAGGAAUUGAAUCUACACAGGAGGCCUGCGCUAGAAUAAGGAAAUCAAAGGAUCACCGGAAAGGUCCCGUCAUAAUACUGAAUAUCACCUACAAAGGAGUCAAGUUUGUUGACGCAGCCACCAAGGCGAUGGUUGCAGAGCAUGAGAUCCAGAACAUCUCUUGCGCAGCCCAGGAUCCGGAUGACCUUUGCACAUUUGCAUACAUCACAAAAGAUCUGAAGUCUGGUUAUCACUUCUGCCAUGUCUUCACUACAGUAGAAGUGACACAGACCUAUGAGAUCAUCCUUACGCUGGGACAGGCGUUUGAGGUGGCGUAUCAGAUGGCUCUCCAGGCACAGAAGGCCCGUCAUCACAGUUCAUAUGCUGGUCCAGCCUCCGAAAACAUAGAACCCAAGACCAACAGGCCCACCUCGCAGUCCCGCAAUAGCACGCGCCGCUCCACUAUCGACCCUCUGGAGCCGGAAAUGGACCUGCAGUCCCUGGGCAGCACCAGUUGGCUCUUCGAUCCGCGGGAAUCCUCCAGGCCUUCGAGUAGCACCAAGUAUGAGACCACCAUAUUUUGAAGCAGGGCACGGCCCUUGUCCAAUCCCGCCUGCUGCCCCAUUUCAACCCCACGCCCCAUAAACUCGAGUGCCCUGUGCCUUCUCACUGUGAUUUGUAGCCUUCCUCAGGGCAAGACUACUUCCCACUCCACUCCAGUCCCGACCCCGGCCCUUGCCUGCAUUGCCCUCUCGGAGAGCCGUACGCCUCCACCUUCCUUUUUUGUCGUCUUGACCGAUGAGCGCUUUCUGGAAUCCUUGGAUUUGCCGUAUAACCAGCCUCCUCAAACUCUUCCGUCAUGGUCCGAAAUUGCCUCUUGAAAGCUUCCCUAUUUUAUACAUUACGCUGAAUGUUUACGGUUCGGUCCCUCGUAUCAGAGGGUUCUCUAUGACAAAACCUCCAAACUUGACACUUGUAGCAUUUCUACAUCUCCUCAUCCGGACGGACAUGUUGGCGGAACUUUAUUAGAAAUUAGUAGAUCCACGAGCUCUCUGACUGCAACAGCAAUACUAGAACUGUUUUUCAAGUUUACGUACAUUCACGAUCAUGAAUGCAACAUAACGCAGUUUCCCAUCGGCGCUCCUCGAACCCCGUAGCACUAGAUCGCUUUUUUCCCCCCAUAGUUGGACCCCUGUUUCCCCACCUGCAGUUCUUUAGUUUUUCAAGAGUUGGGUCUGUAAUCUCGAUUCACAUCCAGUGCUUCCUUUUGUCUUACCAGGCAUCUGCAGCUCUGAGGCCCUCGGAAGAAAGACUAUGCCUGUUUAGAGUGUUUAGAGUUUGGGAUUUGAAAUGCAAUACAGUUUUACUGGGAAGAGUAGAAUAUAGCCCCAUGAAAGUGGAAUAACCAAGACAACAUUCCUAUUCUGUUUUCUUGUUGGAAUUUAAUUGACUUUUUAUCUAAUAAGGGAAUCCAUUUUGUUUCGUAAAGUUCUAUAUUUGUAACUUUACAUUGUUAACAUCUCAUAAUAAGUGUGUGUAUAACCUAUGUUCAUUUUGUGAUUGAUGAUUUGUUCUGUAAAAUUAGUUCCCUCUGAGAUUUCCACUACAAAGUCAUUUGCAGAAAAAUGAGACAGAAUAUUUUCGUAGACAUAAUAAUAGUAAAUGUUACUUUUUUGAAUUGCAAAAGAAUUCCCACGGUGACAAUUAUCUUUAGAGAGAAGAUAAUGAAGCCAAGAAAAGA